CCGUCCAUGGUUGCUUUCUUUACCAAAAAAUGCGGCCAAAUUGUGUAUUAGUGGCCCUAGGAUUCCUUCUAGUUGUCUUAGUUAAGGGAAUACAAAGUGAUAGCCGAACAGGAGGGAAUGUUGAUAAAGAUUUAAGUGCUGGGAAAUCAAAACAAAGUCCACCGUCAAAACAACGCAGGAAAACACUUAAGAGGAUUUCUGCCCAAGUUUCGCCACCUACAAAGGUCAAGACAAGUCAUAAACAUGAGAAGUUCCCGUCACCGCUCAACUCGAAGGGAAAAACUGAACAAAAAAGACAGUUCAUUUUUAGACCUCCACAUUUGCCCUCGUUGUUUGGGGGAAUGCCAAAACCUUAUAUGAUGAUGAGACCGCCUCCUAUGACACAGAAGACGGUCGUUACUACACAUAUCCCUCGCCCGCCAAUGGUCAUUCCUUAUAACCCUUUGCUAAUGCACCUACUGCACUCGGGGAGACUCGGGGGUGCUCUAGGUGGAAUGCAAGAUUUUCACUCGCCUUUUGGACCUCUCAUGGGAGAUCCAAACUUGAUGAACGAGUUUGAAGAAGAUGAGGAUGAUGACCACCACUGCUCCAACAGUCCCUGUCAGAAUGGCGGGACAUGUAACGAGGUCAAGGAAGGCUAUGAGUGCAUCUGCCCACAUGGAUUUAAAGGGCAGGACUGUGAAGAGGAGAACAAAUGCCACCCUAACCCUUGCCGUAACGGAGGCGUCUGCACAGAAGCUAAUGGUGGAUACGUCUGCACGUGCAUGCAGGGGUUCAAGGGGUCUAUGUGUGAAGAGCGUAACAAGUGCCAGCCAAACCCUUGCAGGAAUGGCGGCUCCUGCACCGAGGUGGACGAUGGGUUUGAGUGCGCAUGUCAGGCAGAGUACAAAGGAACCACUUGUGAUGUCGAGAAUCGUUGCUACAUCAGCCCGUGCCUUAAUGGCGGAACUUGUAUGUCCACCGCCUCUUCAUUCCAGUGUCUGUGCCUAGAAGGCUUCAGCGGAAGCUCGUGUGAAGUUGAAAGCAAGUGCAGGAACAACCCGUGCAGAAAUGGCGGCUCGUGUUUCGAUCAUCACAACUCCUACACGUGUGGCUGCUUGCCUGGCUUUUCAGGAGUCAACUGUGAAGCCAUUAUUUCAGUAUGUGACUCUUCGCCUUGUUUGAACGGUGGCACGUGCCUGAAUCAAGGGCCCAACAUGUUCCGAUGCGUCUGCCAGCAUGGUUUCAAAGGUCACAACUGCGAAAUGGAGAAAAAAUGCGAGCCCAACCCGUGUCAAAACCGCGGUAUCUGUCGCGAAGUGAUCGACGAGGAUGACUACCGAUGCGACUGUAUUCAUGGCUACAGAGGCCGAGACUGCGACGAACAGAUCAACCUAUGCGACUCGAGUCCGUGUGGAAAUGGCGCGACUUGUACCAUGUUUGGCGCAACCUUUCACUGUUUGUGUCCAGAGGGCUUCAGAGGGUUGACUUGCCUCGAUAUCGACAAAUGCCACGCGAUGCCUUGUAUGAAUGGCGGAACAUGUAUAGCGACGCUAAAUAACUACCGCUGCCAAUGUCCAGAGGGAUACCGUGGAUCAAAUUGUGAAGAAGAGCUGAAGUGUCACCCUAACCCUUGUUUAAAUGGCGGCAUGUGCUUCGAGAACAGCGGAGGAUUCACAUGCAAGUGCGCAGACGGCUACAGAGGCAUCAACUGCGCAGAGCAUGACCACUGUCACCCUAACCCUUGCCGUCACGGAGGGGUGUGUGCUGGAGAUGGUGACGACUAUGUGUGUAACUGUCGUAACGGCUGGGCCGGCACAAACUGUGAAGAUGAAGACCGCUGCUCACCCAAUCCGUGUCUCCAUGGUGGCGUGUGUGUUGCCAAGGGUUACCGUUACGAGUGCCACUGCCCUAACCACUACAGUGGGGAAAAUUGCGAGUCUCCAGUAGCUAUCUCAUCGUUAGCGUCACCUUAUGAUGUAGGCGUGGCGCAAUGCGCUACUACCAUAUUUGGAUGCUGCCCUGACGGGAAAACAACAGCGAUAGGACCUCAUCAGGCGGGGUGCCCAGAACAUCUUCGGGCAGGGAUCAUCGGGUAGAAAGUCUGUUCAACCACAAGACUAGAGGGAAAGCAACAAAAGACAAAGAACAACUGUGUUACUCCUUGACUUGAAAAUUGUGUGGAAUUACAUUCCGACUGUUACGUCAACAAGUGUUUAAAGCCAUUAAGGCGACAUACUUUAAAGACGUUUACGUUGGCUUUUGAAGUACUUUCAAGUACGGGAAAGUAGACACUUGAGUUUUGCAAUAUUUGAGUGGUCUGGGUUGAUAGCCUUCACAAAUAUGCGUGGGUUCAGAGAAUCAUUUCUUAACCGUUGUCAGUUUUUGCUUUGUUUUGCUAUUUUUGUAUGUGAAAAUAACAACAUAAAGCAAGCUCUCGAAAAACUACCUUCCAUUUUUUAAAUGACUGUCGAAAUAGGCCAGAAAAAGAAAUGUCAGUUGCAAUUAUGAAUGCAAUCGAGGGGAACGAAACCAUGCGCAUUGCGCAGGGCCAAAUUGGUCGGGGUUUCACACUCUGAACUAAUUUCCCCGUUCAAAGCACCAAUACUGUGAAGGCGAAAUGUAUACCUUAGAAAUCAUUUUGAAACACUGUAACGUAAGCUUCACCGCAAUCAAUCACACUUUGUAAAAGGAAGCAUUCUAUUAAAAAAUAUCGUAUUCAUUA